AUGAAAAAUAAUUCUAAUUAAAAUAUUGAAAGUUAAGAUUAUUUUUAGAUUUUAAGAUUUAAUGAUAAUUCAUUUCCUUUAGUUGAAUUUAAAAUAGCUUAAGGAGAUGGGUUUGUAGAAGAAUUAAUGAUAGAAGUAUUACAUCAUUAAGAUCUAAUUAUGAAUUGAUUUCUGAUCCUGGAUAUGAUUGUGAAAGGGAUCGAAGAUUCAAAUUAAUCUAUUUGUUUAAUGAAUUUAAUUUCUUUUAAGCUAAUGAAGCCUUAGAUAUUGCUAAAUAAGCACCAGGUUAUGAAAUAUCAACUAAAUAUCAAUGGGGUAAUAUAUAUAUAUUAUCUAUUUUAUUAUAGCCUUAUAUGGAAGACAUUCUAUCAAUUUUACUUUAAAUUGUAGAUAAUAUUAAGAAAAGAAUUUAUGGAUUCUGCCGACUCAUUUUAAGAUAUUGAAAGUUAAUAAUUAAUUUUAAUGAUAAUCUCAAUAGUUUGUGUGUUUGUUUUUAUUCUGAUGUUACUUAUAAAUUGUUGCACAAUAUGUGGAGUAGAUUUACCUUGUAUAAAAGGAAAAGGAACACAAGAGUCGAAUAUCUUUAUACAUUUUAAAAUCGAAGAAGAAAUAGAAAUUAAGGCAAUAUUUGUAAUACAAAAAUAAGAUAAUGAUGUUCUAUGUUAAAUACCCUUAAUUAUGGCAAAGAAAUGAGUUUCCUCAUUUUGAUUAGCAGCAGUAUUGUCAAUCAUAACACCUAUUGGAUUGAAUUUGAAGAACAUAACUUGGAAACAUG